AGCACAUAUAUACCCUUGAACCGUUAAGUCCCAUUGUCCCGGCCUUUAUUAUCCUACGUGGCGCCUACCAAUUUAAUUCUGGUCACAAUUAAACCCGACCCACCAUUAAACCCGACCCUAUACAUUUUUCUCUAGUAAUGGACUUGGAAGAUGAAAAUUCAGCUAGUAAUUCUGUCCAGGAUAAUGAAGCAAUGACUACCCCGCCGAGAUUUGUACAUGGUAAUCAAAGCAAGGUAGAAAGUAAUGGGUGUAGUACUCCUGAGGAUAACAACAACGACAACAUACCUAGUGUAAUUCCACAAGUGGGGUCUGGAGAGGGUGGUGUAUAUGCAGCCUUACCCCUACCUUGUGAGGGUAGUGAGGAUAAUAGUAGUAAUAAAUUGGAUGAUGUAAAAGGCAAGGGAAUUGAAAUUUCAACUCCCUUGGUGAAAUCGUCUCCGACAACGAAAGGGUUCGGGUUGAAGAAAUGGAAAAGGAUGAAGCGGGAUGCGAGGAAGGAUGGGGAUAGUAGUAGUGUAAACAGUGAUAAAAUGUUGAAACGGGGUUUGGCGAGUCCGGUUGGUAGUUCAGCAAAAGGUGUAAACUUUUCUGCUGGAAGGAUCCAAAAAAGCGAUGGAUCUGUUUCGUCUACGAAUGCGGUAUGCAGGAGUACCGGAUUUCUGGUUGAUGGUUUUGGUUUAAUUGGUGACUCCCUGAUUUUCAAUGCUGUAUCGGAAUCAGAGAACAGCGAGGAUCGGAGUAGUAGGUCUUCUACUGCAGCUAGUGCUCCAAAGGCAAGGUAUGAAGGAUCACCUGUGGUGUUUGGUUAUCCAUCUGACAAGCAUUGGUUGAGGAGUUUGAGUGGGAAAAGCUUGGGCACAUCAGCUCAGCGACCUCAUCAGGGAAAAAGUCGGGCUGAAACUAGUAAAAAGCCUAGAGGAGAAAGGGUCAAAGUCGAGAAGGAAAACUCUCAUUCCAGCAUGGAAUCUGACUCGAGAAGCUCUAAUUUUCUCUUUAUGCAGGGUAACUAUGCUACAAGUAACGGUACAAAAGGUGAAAGGCUAAUGAUUUAUGAUGGAGAAUCCAGUGACGAAGCUCAGGACAGAGAAAGACCAAUUGGUGAGGAACUUAAUGAUAGGGAGUCUGAAAAUGUGUCACAAGAAGAUCUAGCUGCUGAAUCUCCAUGGGAGAUUAAGGAAGAGAAGAGUGAGAAUCAAGGUUCAUCCACUGAUCAUGAUCCUCUGAUGGAAUCUAUCUUCGGCUUCCAGGCUGCUCAAGAAGCGCUUGCAAAAGAAAUUCAGAAAUUCAAAGAAAUAGGAAAAGAUAUUAUCUUUGGCCAUUCGCUGGAGGAUGUUGGAAUACCUUCAGAUGACUCUGAUUUCCCUAGACCAAGCACAUCUGUGCUUUCGCAGCACAGGGAUGGUGCUCAACAUCCUCUGAACUCCUUGGAGUCUGAAGUGGUUACCCUAAAGCAUAAUAUAUUACAGUUGCAAAACAAGCUUCAGAAGGCAGCAGACCUGGUUAAGUCCAAGGAAGCAAGAGUUACUGAACUUGAAGCCAUUUUAGGUAGUAGCUCAAAGAAGGAAGAAGAGACUAACGAAAUUGAGCUCGAGGGUCUCUUCAGACAGAAAAUUGAAGCUGAAAUUCAGUAUUUGACAAUAUCAAGAACAGCCCAAAAGUUGAGAAGUGCAGCAGUUGAUCAACUGACCCUCUUCGAAGAACAAAAGACCUUAGCUUCAGAACAAGCACAGAUGGUGCACAUGUUAGGAGAUGCAGAAGCAAAGGCUGCAAUGCUCAAGACACAAGCUGAGAAGUUGGGAAGUUACUGUGAAGAUUUAGCAAGCACUGAUGAAAAGCUAAAGCUACAGAAGAAAGUCUGUAAGUAUGGUUCGUGUUUUUUCAUACAGUUGGUGUUGCUGGCCGUUGUUGUUGGACUGUUUCUGAUGCAGAUGUCUCAUGAUCAUGCUGAACUUGUACCCACUUAAUGUUACAGAAGUUUUUCUCUCUUCUUCUUCUUCUUCUUUUUUUUUUUUUUUUUGGGGUUUUUACUAUCAACAUUGUCAUCGUGCAAUGUUGAAAUUUUAGAUUAGUUUGUUUUAGAUGUUUAUAGAUAGGUGAUAUACCCACUUUUCAUUUUCUCAAGUCUUUGUUCAAGGUUAAUUAUAGAAGAUGAUCUGUUGGUUCAUAAGUUGAGAUACUUUUUUUGCUUCUAUAAAAGGGCUCACCUUGGAAGUUCUUUAA